ACGGGGGCCGGGGUGGGGAGGGGGAUAGAGCGCGGCGAUCUUGACGCCACGUGCUGUCGCGGCCUGCCACGUUUUGCUGCGAGAGAAGAAUCAUCACCGCAGCUCAUUGAUAGCUCCAACAAAUAUCGCGGGAACGACUCCGCACAAAGCAUGAAGCUGUUGACGCACAAUAUGCUCACCUCGCACGUCAAGGGCGUCACCAAGGGAUUUCCUCUCAAGAUUACGGCCACGGAAGUGAAGGUCAUGAAUGUCGACUUCAACCCGGAGUUUGUGGCCCGGAUGAUCCCCAAGCUGGAGUGGCCGGCGCUCUGCCAGGCCGCUGAGAGUAUCGGCCACCUGAAUAACCUGCCCCUGGAGGUAGAUCCCAACUACCAGGGCAAUGAGGACUUCCUGAAGAAAGUUCAUCACGUGCUGAUGGAGGUGGAGGUGGUGGAGGGCAGUCUGCAGUGCCCGGAGUCGGGGCGCCAGUUUCCGAUCACCAAGGGCAUCCCCAACAUGCUGCUCAACGAGGAAGAAGUUUGAUCUUCUCUUUCGUCAAAACCUACACAUCCCUCCCCCGCCCCCAAGUACCCUCAGCUCCCUUACGUCUGCCUCUAAUGCGUCAUCACAUUGUGAAAACAGGGCCCCUUGUGUAUACAUGCUGGGUGUUGUUAACUCAUCAACCAUAUGUAUAGUUUUUGGUAAUAAAAUGCUGAGGAAUAAAAGUCAAUGCCACUUUAUCAAGAUCUGCCCUUAUUACGUUCCCGUGACCAUUUAGUUCCGAGUAAGGCAUCCUUUCCAGGACAAGCCAGCUACAACUGGGUUGUGUCGUCCACUUGCAGUGGUCCGUGGGGCUCGCUCUGCGAAGGGAGAUGCACGUUUCACUUGGGCCGCCCUCGGAAACGGUCGUGAUGACACAGGGUCAGGGCAGAAGAGAGGUUUGUGGCCAACAGCAGCUCUGGUCACUUUGAGGGCCUUGUAUUUGUUUAAAAAUACAAUAACAGAAAAGCAUAACCAACCCAACCAUACGUUAAACGGUGUUCAAGAAAACUACAAUCACUUGUAUGUAUAUUCUUGGUUCUUUCGGUAAAGUCCCUUCUACGUGACUUUACCGAAAGAACCAAGAAUAUGAAUCCCUGCAGUCACGAAAAUUUGUAUGUAUGUUGAACUUGUUUCGCACCGUACGUAGUCAGCCAUACUAAUCGGAGGUGCGGUUAAUCGGAGAUGCCGUGGAGGGAGCGGGGUGUGUUGAGCCCACAGAGCCACGCAACUCUUCAAGCGUUAGGACGAGACACGAGCAGUGCUGGGCCAUACCAAGAGGCCCAGCACGGCUUGUGGUUGUGGGUACGUAGCGUCAGCUCCAGCGUCCAAUUCGGGAUACCUUGCCAAGUCUAAAGUGUUAUGGGUACCCACUGGAAAAAAAGUGACAUUUCUCCAUGUUCUAUUUACAGGCAGACUACAAAUGCUGGUAAAUAUUGUGAAUGAAAAGUAGCUUGCUACUUACACAUGAGACCCAACACUUCAAUUGCAGGACUUUUAUUAGCAGUUGUAAACAUGGCUCUCAUGCUGCAUGCAUGGCAGAGGCCUAGGUGGCCAAUGACAGUAACCAAUGUCCUAAAGUGUGACCAAUUUCUUUUUUGUUAUUAACUUAACGACGUUGUGCUACAUUCACUCUACGCUAAAGUGAGUAGUAUUGUAUAACCGGCUGGAUUUUCAAAGUGUUUCUCUAGUGCUUGCACGGUUGGUUAAUGUACUCUUGUGUUAUGAAAACUUUUACAAACAUUGUUUUGGACUCCAAUAGAUCGACCCUCUGUAAUUAUAAUUUAACGUUUAUGUACUGUUAAAUAUUUGUAAUAAAAUAACCAUGUAUGGUAUUGGUGUA